AUGAAUUCAUAUCUCCUCAACAGGACCCUUGGGUCUAUCUCUCCCCACUCCUUCCACGUCGCCCAGACCACCCGUCUGGUCCAUAACCUAGAGCCUGCACCUGGCAUUCGCUUCUCCAGCCUGCGGACUGAAGAGCCUCCAGAUGGAGACGAUGCAGAGCUCCCCGCCGAUGAGGACAUCCUCGCCCAUAAAUCCGGCGUGAAUGUCCUCGCAAUUGACCAGCAUGAGGGCCGAUUCAUGGUCUCUGGAGGCGCCGACCCUUCCAUCCAUCUCUGGGAUCUUGAGACGAGAACGUCCGAGCUAGACCACAUCCACCGGUCUAUAGCAUCCGUCAACAAGCCGUCGCACCCAGACGCCCAUACGCAUGCCAUCACCUCCGUCUCCAUCUAUCCCUUUGAUCCCACUCCGUCCACCAUCCUGACGACAUCGCAUGAUGGCACCCUCAAGCUCUCCGCCUUGGCUCCCGGCGCCAUCACUCCAGUCCACACCUUCCAGCUGGACUGCACGCCCUACACGCACUCCUUCUCCUCCCACCCGGCGUCGCCCCUCCUCAUCGCCGUCGGCACCUCCGAAAAGCCCGUCCGACUCCUCGACCUCCGCUCCGGUCUCUCCACCCACGGCCUCCCCGGCCACACCUCCUCCGUGCUCUCCGUCGCCUGGGCGCCGCACCAACCGCACAUCCUCGCCUCCGCCUCCACCGACAACCGCGUCAUCCUCUUCGACAUUCGCCGUGGCGGCCACAACUCCGCCAUCGCCGCCCUCGACAUGGACGACGCCGUCGGCCUCGUCGCCCCGCGUACCGCACCCCAGCCCUACACAAGCCGCCCAGCGUACUCACCCGCCGCGCGCGCACACAACGGCGCCGUCACCGGCGUGCGCUGGACCCCAACCGGCACGCACCUCGUGACCGCCGGCCAGGACGCCCGCAUCCGCGUCUGGGACGCCUCAACCGGCGCCAACACGCUCGUACAUUUCGGCCCGCGCAUCCGCAACAGCGUGUCCACGCAGCGCACUGAACGCGCGCCCCUCCUGCUCCCGCGCGGCGUCAUGGCCCCCGGCCACGAGACCCUCCUGUGGCCCAACUUCAACGAGCGCGACGACCGCGGCGAGAUCUUCAUGUGCGAGCUGCGCGAGGGCGUCUUCGUCAAACGCCUCAAGGUCCCGGGACUCAUGACCAGCCGCCAGAACUUCCGCGGCCGGCCCAGCGCGCUGAGCGCCGCGCGCAUCAACGCGCUGGCCUGGCGCGGGAACGGCGCCGCCGGCGAGGGCCUCGAGAUGUUCUCCGCGCAUGGCGAUGGGACCGUCCGCGCGUGGGUGUCGCGCGAGCCGGACGGCGAGCCAGACGAAGCCGAGGAGGCGGAGCUGGCGGAGCGGAAACGCAAGCGCGACGUGCUGGACGAGAUCUACCAGGGAUUUAUGCGAGGCUGA